CCAAGUCAAGUCUUGCAACAGGUCAAAAUACACCAAAAAUGUACACGUGGUAGAGCAAUGUUUGACAGGUGAAUAUGUUCAUGCUUGUACAACUUGUAAAGAAAAUUGUACAGUUCCCAAUGAGAGGAGAACAGAGUGGAUAUGUUACACUUGCCAUAACUAUGUGAAAGUUGGACGAAUGCCCCCACUUGCUGUAGCCAAUAAUUUACAGCUAGCAGACAUUCCAGAGGAUUUGUGUAACCUUAACAUCUUGGAGAGGCAUCUCAUUGCAAAGUGUAUCCCGUUUGCAAAGAUUGUUCCACUUCCCAAAGGCAGACAACAUUCAAUACGUGGUAAUGUUGUAUGUGUGCCAUCUGAAGUACAGGAGACAGUAGAUACAUUACCCAGAAUAAGAAGCCAAUCUCAGGUUCUCAGAGUCAAACUUAAGAGACGCUUGUGCUACAAAGGUCAUCAGCUUUUCCAAUCUGUUACAUGGUCUAAACUAAUGAAGGCUUUACAUAAACUAAAACAAAUUCAUCCACAAUACCAGGACAUAAGUAUAAGGGAUGAGCCUGAAGUUUGCGAUCCAACUCUUGUAGAUGAAGUCAGUGAUGAUGAUCAGGAAUCUGCUCAACCUCAUGUCAGUCAGAAAACCUUGUGUGAAACAAAUGCCUUUUCAAAUGAGCAAAACGUCCCUGAAACUGAACAUGUUAACACAGACCAGACUACAAACGAUACUAUUGAAACUCAAGCACAGGUGGAUAAUGAUGAGCAAGAGGGUGAUCUGCCAAAUGGAGGACUAGCUUUAGAAUCCUGCCUUCAACCCCCAAAUGUUGCUGAAGACAUUUUGUCCUUCACUGAAGGAAUUUACAGUGUUGCCCCAGCGGAAAGAAACAGCCCAGUUGGCUUUUUCAAGACUCCGCAUUUGGAAGCCAUAUCUUUUCCCGUUCAGUUUCCUACAGGACAGAACACACUGGAUUCACAAAGGCCCAUCAAAUUAACACCAAGCCAAUAUUUCAAGUCGAGAAUGUUCAGUGUUGACGAUCGCUUUGCCAAAGAUAUCAAUUACUUGUUUUUUGCUCAGUUUGUCACCGAAAUAAAUUUGGCUACUUCAAGUAUGACAAUCCAAUUACGCAAAGGGAAACCUUUCACGAGAGAUGGCCGACGAAUUACGUCAAGGAUGUUGCGAGACAAAGAGGAAGUUGAGAAACUGAUUAAGAACAGAGACGCAAUCAGAUUCAUGCAGCCCCUAAGAGGAACUCCUGCCUAUUGGGAGAAAACUACUAAAGAUCUCUUUGCGAUGAUCAGACAGUUGGGGAACCCUACGUGGUUUUUAACCGUGUCAGCUGCAGAAAUGCGUUGGCCUGAAGUCAUACAAGCAAUCAAACGUCAGCAGGGUGAAGAGGUUAAUUUUGAGGCCCUCAAUUGGACAGAAAAAACCGACAUUCUUCGGAGCAACCCAGUCACCACGAUGCGCAUGUUUGAGAAACGUGUCGAGGCUUUGUUCAGAGAUUUAAUACUCUCUGCUGCUCAGAUCUUGGGUCGAGUUAUCGAUUUCUUCUUCAGGGUUGAGUACCAAAAUCGUGGUUCUCCACACAUUCACUGCCUACUGUGGGUAGAUGGUGCUCCUGUUUUUGACAAAGACGAUGAUCAAACUGUCUGCAGUUUCAUCUCCAAGUACAUCAGUGCACAGCUUCCGAACCCAACCACACAACCAGAACUGUACAAAACUGUCAAGGAAGUCCAGACUCACAGCAGAAAUCACCCGAAGGCUUGCUUCAAAUACCCUGGUGCUGAUUGUCGUUUUGGAUUUCCUAAGCCGCCAAGUGAUCAAACCAUGAUCACUAGACCAGAUGAAAACAGCGAAGACUCUUUGGAAGUGGAGAAAGCUAAGGCAAAGCUCAGACCAUUGAAUGCAUUGCUCAAAGAACCUGAAAGUGAGACACUCACAUUUGCACAGCUUUUAGCUAAAUGCAGCUUAACUCUGACAGAGUACAAGAGGUGCUUACACUUAAUGAAGACCUCCAGUACAGUGAUUUUGAAGCGUGAUCCCAAAGACUGCUGGGUAAACGCAUACAAUCCACAUGUUUUACAAGCUUUCGAUAGCAACAUGGACCUAUCAUUUAUUUUGAAUGCCUACUCUGUCAUCAUGUACCUCACGUCCUACAUCACAAAGCAAGAGCACGGACUUUCAGAGUACCUCAAAACCGUCAUUGAGAACUCCAGCUCCAAUAGCACAAACCAGGCUGACGACAUGAAAGAAGUAAUGCAGGCUUACUCCAAAAAACGAGAGAUUAGCGCUCAGGAAUGCGUCACUCGUCUGUGUGGACUUCCCAUGAAAAAGUCCUCCAGAGGGAUCGUCUUCGUUCCAACAGAUGACAACGCCGUGAAAAUGAGUCGCCCAAUUUCACAAUUGGAAGACAUGACGUCUGAAAGUGAAGAAGUCUGGAUGAGGUCUCUGGCAGACAAAUACAAGUGCAGACCGGAAACUACGGAGUUUGAGAACAUGUGUAUGGCUGACUUUGCUGCCACAUGCAGAUUAGUUUACGGACAAGAAAGAAAAGCCAAAGGUGUUUUGCCUCUUCUGAACGGGAUGGGAUUUGUCAAAAGACGCAAUAAAGACAAACCAGCUGUCAUACGUUUCUACCGUCCGUCUGAGAAAAAAAAUCCUGAACAGUUUUUCCAGACACAGCUGAAAUUGUACCUUCCGUACAGAUCUGAAGACGACCUUAAAAGACCUCACUUACCUACAUACCAGUCCUUCUACCACUCUGGCUAUGUGCACCUACGUGGUUCUGAAUAUGCUGAGUCCGUUCAAGCCAUUGUCAGACAAAACCAGGACAAAUAUGAGAAAAACAGCAAAAACGUUGAACAAGCCAUUGAAGAGUAUGAGCAAAACAGAGACUCCAUCGACGAAUGGUGCAACUUGGCACCGGAAUCAGAGCUAGUCAGACUGCAGUGUGUCAGUGAACUUCAAAGGGAUGAGCACAUUGAUGAAAAUGAACAAGAAAACGUUCCAGAAUACAGUCGUCAAGCCAAUUCCUCAACGGAAAUUAGAGCUAUCAGAGAAGCCCCCCUGAUCGACCACAGCGCACAACGGCAAAUGUACCAAAGCUUAAACCAACAGCAAGCCUGCGUGUUCUUUGCAGUCAGAGACUGGUGCAUAAAGCGUGUCAAUGGCUUUAAUCCCCAACAGUUUCUUUACUAUGUCAACGGUGGUGCGGGAACAGGCAAGUCUCAUCUCAUUAAAUCCAUUCACGCACAGGCAAGUAACAUUCUGCGCAGAUCACCGAGAAAUGCAGAAGAGCACGAUGUAUCUGGGCCAAGUGUUCUCCUGACAUCCUUUACAGGCACAGCUGCUUUUCAGAUAUCUGGGACAACUCUUCACAGUCUUCUUAGACUUCCCAGAAUUCUUAAACCACCAAUUCAGGGACUCGGAAACCUUCUUGAUGAAGUCAGAGCAGAGCUUUUGAAUGCGGAAAUUAUCAUUAUUGAUGAGGUGUCCAUGGUUUCCAAAGUGCUGUUUUCUUAUGUUGAUGCGCGUCUAAAACAGAUCAAAGGUAGUCAGAAACCUUUUGGAGGCAUGUCCGUGUUAGCGGUUGGCGACUUCUAUCAACUUCCACCUGUCAGACAGUCUAAGCCCCUGUGUGUGCCCGAGCAGUUACAAGCUGAUCUGUGGAAUGAACACUUUCAGAUGGUGACUCUCACUGAGAUCAUGCGGCAGAAAGAUGAUGUUGCCUUUGCCGAAAUGCUAAACAGAAUUCGUGUUAAAGAUAAGUCAGAGGAACUAUCACAGGAAGACAGAGCUUUGCUUACUCAGGCCGUCACUCAACCAGCUCUUUGUCCCAUUGAUGCAUUGCAUAUAUUUGCAACUAAUAAACAAGUCAACGAUCACAACUCUUCAACUCUGUCAAAGCUACAUGCGAACAUUAUCGCUUUGCCUGCACAUGACUACAAAAAGGACCUGACAACUGGUAGAAUGACACGCCAAGACCAACCAAUGAAGGGAAACAGCAACGACUUGUUGGACACAAUCUCAGUGGCUGAAGGAGCUCGACUCAUGCUUACCAGAAACAUCGAUAUACGAAAAGGUUUGGUAAAUGGAGCCUUCGGAGAACUCGUAAGUGCCAUAGCUUCAGACAGAGACCAGCAUGUCAUGAAACUUGCUUUGAAAAUGGACAAUUCAUCUCGUGUGAACGCAGAACAACCUGACAAUGUGGUGUACUUGGAAAGAGUAGAAGAAAACCUGAAACAGAAAGGCAUGAUUCGUAGACAGUUUCCUGUUAAACUAGCUUACGCAUGUACGAUUCACAAAGUCCAAGGUAUGACUACUCAAAAAGCCGUAGUGUCAUUGAAAAGAGUUUUUGAGAGUGGCAUGUCUUAUGUAGCUAUCAGCAGAGUGACCUCCCUCAGUGGAUUGCACCUCUUAGACUUUGAUGAAUCCAAAAUUUAUGCUAAUCAAGAAAUCACUGCUGGACUGGAUAAAAUGAAAACAAUGGAUUUUACACAGCUGAUGCCUUUGCUGCAUUUACAAGACCAUGUUGAUCGGUCAAACACCAUGACUGUUGUCCAUCAUAACAGUGAAGGACUCCCGGCUCACAUUGGAGACAUCAAAAGCCACCAUGAAUUUCGUCUUGCUGACAUUUUGUGUUUAACCGAAACCCACCUACAAGGCACCUCUGUUGGACACAGCAUUCUGCUUGAAGGAUACAACAUGUUCUACAGGAACCGGCAUCAGUCGUACACCAACUUCCCACAGCUGGCCAAGAAAGGUGGUGGAGGUGUGGCAGUUUACGUUAGAGACAACAUUCAAGUCACUGAAAAACGUUAUCUUCAUAAUGUGACUGACCUUGAAUUUGUGGCUCUAAAGGUUGAAACUCCUGUCAGUGCUCUUAUUGUCGCUGUGUACAGACCUCCAGACUACAAUGUCACACCUUUUCUAAGGAAUCUGAACAGUCUUUUAGACUCACUUGAAAUUUUAGACACUCAUCCAAUCAUCAUCUGUGGAGAUUUUAAUGAAAACGCUUUAAGUGACACAAAUGGACCAAUUUUGCAACUUCUUCAAACAAGAAAGUAUGCACAACUCAUCACCAAUGCAACCACUGAUAAAAACACACUGCUGGACUUGAUAUUUAUCUCACAACCAGAAAGAUGUCUGCAUUCAGGUGUAAUGAAAACGUACUACAGUUACCAUGAUCCUGUUUAUUGCAUAUUUUCCUAAGAUACUGCCAGGAUUAUAGACACCAUGGACAUGUAAUGUUUUCUUUCCACAGCCAUAACAUCUCUGUUAUUUGACUCAAUUAAGUGCAACCUAGAAACACCCAGAAUUACUGACAGUCAAACCAUGUCAACCAAUUUCUUUGUAACAUCUCGAAAGUUUGUGCUCAGACUGAUGGAACCCCUGAAACCUGACAAGCAUUACUUGUGAAAUUAAUACUGUCUCGACCAUCUCAGGCAGAAACUAACAGUUAUUACUUCAAUCAACCCUUGAAUUUUGAAAGCAAUGUAAUGGUACAGCAAACAAAUGGUACAGCAUUUAAAUGGUCUGCCCAAUCAAAUGGUCUACCCCCACUUGUCAGGCAUGUGCUGGGAAUGUGUGUGAUUCCCCCAGGCAGGUGCAGAGGAAGCAUCCUCCUAUGCAUGGGCUGGGGGUGAUGAGGAACUGUUACCAUUUUGGUGAGUUGAUACAGCCAGAGGGAUGCACUUAUGAAGGAAACUCCUCAUCCCUCACUCUUCUUUCUUCUUCUCCUUCCCCACUUUCCACUCACCCCUUGUUUUUAUCCCCUUCUUUACUUUCUCAUCCCUGAAAGAUGAAUCCACACACUAGACACUUCAAGAGAUUUUCUGAAUCUCAUUGCAUUCACCCGACAACAAGGGCUUCAAAACCCAAAUGCAAUCAGCCAUUCUAGAAACAAUUAGUGAGCAGCACAUACACCUCAAGAGAUACUUGUAUCUCACUGCACUAACAAAGAUCUCCAAGGGAUUUCAUAUCCCACCUGCAUUUACAAAACAUAUCACUAGGAAACUUUCAUCUUUUAUCCCUAACCCUUUUCACCCGUCCCUUCUUUUUCCUCUUCUCCCUCUCUCCCUAUUCGUCUUCCUCUUCUACUCUUCGUCUCAUCCCCUUCCCUUUCUUUCUCAUCCCUGAAAGAUGAAUCCACACACUAGACACUUCAAGAGAUUUUCUGAAUCUCAUUGCAUUCACCCGACAACAAGGGCUUCAAAACCCAAGUGCAAUCAGCCAUUCUAGAAACAACUAGUGCACAGCACAUACACCUCAAGAGAUACUUGUAUCUCACUGCACUAACAAAGAUCUUCAAGGGAUUUCAUAUCCCACCUGCACUUGCAAAACAUAUCACUAGGAAACUUUCAUCUUUUUUCCCUAACGCUUUUCACCCCUCCCUCCUUUAUCCUCCACUCCUCUUCCUACUCCCUCCUCCUCCUCUUUUCCCUCUCCCCAUAUUCUUCUUCCUCUUCUUCUCUUCGUCAUCCUACUCAUCAGGAUACUGACGAAGAACAUCACCUGCUUCAACAACCUUACAGCUAUAUAUAUUGAAUGAACUGCACAGCUCCUGAGGUUUUCAAGGGCCAAAAAAAAAAAAAA